CCCCACCCCCACCCCACCGUCACUCCUGGUAUGAUGACCAAGUCACCUUUACAUUUGUAUGUAGCUCGCUUCUACACUAACUACUCAACACUCGAAACUAGUACCCCUUCAUAAAUGUUCUCACCUGCCUCCUAACUCUCACUAUAACAGACCUUUGCAUGAUCCACAAUUGUCCUCAUCCUCCUUAACCCCUCCUAUUUAAUACUUCCUCCCAAUCACACUUUUUUUGGAGCAUGGCCUCAUUCAUUCCUCCAAAUCUUCCUUCCGGCACUCCUCCCAACUGUUUGUCAUCCUUAUAGUUAGAGGUCCCCCAUUCCCAACCCCCCCCCCCCCCACAACAAAAAAAAACAAAAAAAAAAAGAAAGGCAGGGCCUCGUUACCAUAUUAAUUUGCAUGACACCGUACAUAGUGUAAGUUCAUUGCAUUAUAAACCAUAAAAAGUACUUCUUAUUAUUGCAAGGGAAAUGCAAAUGGCUUCCUUUUCGCGUUGCCAGAUUUUGGUCACUUUUUUGGUGAUUUUGGGAUUGUGGUCUCCUCAUUUGGUAAGCUGUGUGAAUAACAAUCCUUUGAUUCAGUCGGAGUGCUUGAUGGUGCCAACUUCAGAGUUUGUGGGCUCAUUGAAGUCUACCAUAGGCAUUGUCCGGCAGGUGACCUCCAUUGUCUCCAGAUUCACUAGUUUCUUGGGAGAUUUCAGGUUGUCUAAUGCCAUUUCAGACUGCCUUGAUUUGCUUGAUCUUUCGGCUGAUGAGUUAGACUGGACUCUCUCCGCUGCUCAGAAACCUUCAGGCAAGAAUAAUACAAAUACAGUUAGGUUGAGUUCUGAUUUGAGGACAUGGUUGAGCGCUGCGCUAGUGAACCAAGACACAUGCAUGGAAGGUUUCGAGGGCACCAACGGCAUUGUCAAAAACUUGGUGGCGGGGAGCCUCAACCAAUUAACCUCGUUAGUCACCGACGUUCUCCGCAUGGUGCAUCCAAUACCUGAUUCCAAGUCCAAUGGCGGCAGUGGCGGUGGUGGACGUACAGGGGGCCGAAAGCUGACCAGCCGCAAAGAAUUUGAAUUUCCGUCUUGGCUUAAAUCCAAGGACAGAAAACUCCUUCAGGCUAAUGGGGUCCAAGCCGAUGUGGUAGUAGCUCAAGAUGGCACAGGGAAAUUCACUAGCGUCAAUGAUGCAAUCAGCGCAGCCCCUGAACAAAGUACAAAAAGGUUCGUGAUAUACAUCAAAAAGGGUGUCUACAAAGAGUAUAUUGAGAUCAGCAAGAAGAAACCGAAUAUAAUGCUGAUCGGAGAUGGCAUGGAUGUUACCGUUAUAUCCGGCAAUCGAAGCUUUAUCGAUGGAUGGACCACGUAUAGGUCUGCCACCUUUGGCGUUAAGGGACAAGGGUUCAUAGCACGAGACAUGACAUUCGAGAACACUGCAGGACCCCAAAAGCACCAAGCAGUCGCAUUCCGAUCAGAUUCUGAUUUAUCAGUCGUCUAUAGAUGUGCCAUAAGGGGUUUUCAGGACACCCUUUACGCCCACACGAUGCGCCAAUUCUACGGAGAAUGUGUAGUGACGGGCACAGUCGAUUUCAUAUUUGGUGAUGGCAGCGUCGUCUUCCAAAGGUGCACGCUCAAUGCCCGGAAAGGCCUACCAAAUCAGAAAAACACCAUAACAGCACAAGGCCGCAAGGUAAUUACUGAGCCAUCAGGCUUUUCCAUCCAAUUCUCAAACAUAUCCGCGGAGCCUGAUGUUCUGGCUUCCUUGAACUCGACCGAGACCUAUCUUGGAAGGCCAUGGAAAUUGUAUUCAAGAACGGUGAUAAUGCAGUCAUUUAUUAGCAACGCAAUUAAGCCUCAAGGAUGGCUGGAGUGGAAUGGGAAUUUUGCACUUGAUACUUUAUAUUACGGGGAGUAUAUGAACACUGGACCGGGGGCUGGAUUGGGGAGUAGAGUCAAGUGGCCGGGUUUCCACGCAAUUAAUGACUCGGCUGUGGCAAACAACUUCACUGUGGCUCAAUUCAUUGUGGGAAACUCAUGGCUGCCCUUGACUGGAGUGAAGUACACGGCUGGCCUGGCUGUUUAAAUUGAAAAAUUUUCCACACACGUAUAUGUAAAGGUUUUUGGCUUCUCGAAUUAAUUGAACAUUUUUUUGACUUAUAAUUAAUGGCAAAAAAUAUAUAUAUAUAUAAAAGGCAAGUUGUUGGCUGUGAUGCUGA